UCUACUGAAUAUGUACAAAAGGCAAUUAUUCAUAAAUUAUGGGGUGAUCUACUGAAUACUGCAGUUGCCAAUAUUGCACACAACGCAGUUCAUCGUGUGGGUAUUGAUAGUGGGGGUUUGUUAGGGGGUGUGAAAAUAGCGGGUGUGGUUCUUGUUUUUCCGUUGUUUUGGAGCUCUAAGCCGAUUUUGUCCAAAGCUGUAGAUGGGUUUGAGGAGAGUUCGGCCAUGCAGGUGUGGAGGUUUGCGUACCCUGAUGCGCCACACGUCAUCAAACCUUUGAUCGAUCCUUUGGGUUGUGGGGCUCCUAGUUUGGCCUCCCUAGGGUGCUCCAAGAUGUUGAUUUUUGUAACGGGGAAGAAUGCUAGGGACACAGGGAUUUGGUACUAUGAUGCUGUUAAGGAAAGUGGGUAGGAGGGUGACGAGGGAGAGGAACGUUGCUUUCAGAUUUACCAUCAUCAAAUCGAGAAUACUAAGAUCACCAUCACUUCCAUGGCUUCUUUCCUUGUUUGAACACCAACUUGGGAUAGUUGGUGGAAUAAAUUGGAGAGAGGGUGUUUUGUUGCAGAGGGAUCGUAAGGGAGUUGUUAGAACGAAGUAUCAUCACUCGUUUCUGUUUUGUGUU